UGGUAAUAAGUUUUAUGUCGCUACAUGUGUUGGAUAUGGUCGGUCAUAUUACAUUUAUAAUUACCAUUUGUCUAUCAAUUUCAUCGGUUUGUACAUCAUUUAGUUCAUUCAUGAACGCAUCAAAUCAUGUGAGUGUUUGUGUGUAUAACAGAGAUCGUGAAAGGACUUCUAAAAACAUAUGUUCAAUCCACCCAGUCAUCACUGGUGCAACUGACGGAAUCGGCAAGAGGUACGCCGAAAUUUUGGCGAGCAAGGGCAUGCACAUCGUGUUGCUCUCACGCAGCGAACCAAAACUGAUGAAAGUGGCCGAGGAAAUUCUAACGAAAUACAACGUUGAAACCCGCUGGGUUGCAGUGGACUUCUCCAAGGGUCCUGAAAUCUACCAGAUGAUCCGGGAAAAGAUCGAAGGGCUUGACAUUGGCAUUCUUGUAAACAACGUUGGAUAUUACCCAGAAGUGCGAAGCUUCGACCGCAACACUGAAGACGAGAUCAUCUCAACGAUCAACAUCAACAUUCUGAGCACUACGAUGAUGACGCGAAUUGUGCUUCCUGGAAUGAAGCAGCGCAGGCGGGGUAUCAUCGUCAACAUAUCCUCCAUUGGUUGCUAUCGGCCGGCAGCUUUCCUGAACAUGUACGCUUCGGCGAAGGCCUUCGUCACCAACUUCAGCUUGGCGUUGAAUCACGAACUGAUCGGAAAGGGCGUCAAGUGCCAGGCGGUGGUACCCGGCAUGACGCACACCAACAUGAUUAAGCAUUUAGAGGAGGAUAUCCCGUGGUACGUUGGGGUCACGACGGUGGAUUCGCUGGCCAAAUUCGGCAUUUUCUCGCUCGGAAAGACGGCACAUACGACCGGUGGAUGGAAGCACACUUUGCAGGUAUUGUAGAAUUGGUGUUCGAUGAAGAUUCACAACUACAAAUUAUUUUGAUUGAAUUCACAGAUUUGCUGGCAGGAUUUAGUUCCAUAUACGCUAGGAACGGCUAUCAUCUCUUUCGUUACCAGGAAAGCAAUUGGAAAAUGAGAUGACUCUACUAAAGCUGUCGAACAGUACAGUUCGGUUUAUCUCACUUAUGCAGGUUUUACUGGUAAAACCUUGUAUAAGUUCUUCUACGACUGUUAUGAUUUGUUCGUUAUUAAAUAGCGGAAUGUAUUCAACCUUUCGUAUAAGUACUGUAUCCGGUACUACGAUACCACUCUGUGAUGCAAUUGAUAAAUGGUUCAAGAAUCUAGUGUUACGAGUACAC